AUGCAUAUUCACGAUUGGCGCUGCCGCGCACCUGAGGCGGCGGCCGGGCCGGGCGGAGAGACGGUUAAAGUCCGCUGCGGGUGCGCGCCCCCGCGGCCCGAUGAGGGGGUGAGGGCCCGCCCCCCGCCGCCUGUCACCGGCUCGGCCGCUCCCUCCCCCCUCCCGGGGCGGGCCAUGCAGGAUGAGCUGCUGCUGCUGCUGCUGCAGGGGCUGACGCCGCCUCCUCCUCCUCCUGCCGAGCCGCCCGCCCCCCGGGACGCGGCCAAGCCGCGGCAGAGGCAGCUGAGCGGCCAGAAGAGGAAGGACUUCAACCAGACGCCAACGCCGCAUCCUCCUCCUCCUCCCCAUCAGGAGCAGCAGCAGCAGCUCCUCGCCCCUCCGCCGCCGGCUUCUCCUCCGCCUCCGCGGCAGCCGCCCGUCCAGGUGGGGCCGUCCGGGCCCCAGCCGCAGCGGCCGCCGCAGCCCCUUCCCGUUCCCGUUCCCGUUCCCCUCUCUCCGCGCCCCGGUCCGGGCCCCCUCGGGGCGGUCCCCUUGUCUCCCCCCGAUGUGGGGGCGGCCGCCGGCCGUGGUCCCGCUGUGAGCCGGUGGCCGGCGCGCCCGCCGAUGGAGCCCCCGAGCCACCACCCGCUGCUGGGCCCGGGAGCGGGGGCCGGGGGAGCCGGGGCGGGGGCCGGGGGCGUCCUGCUGCCGGGCGCGGCCGGGGGCUUCGGCGGCCUGCAGGGGCCCGACCUGUCCGGCCCCGCGGGCGGCGCGGCCGUUGGGGCGGGGGGGCCCGGAGGGCCUCCCGGAGGCGGCGGCGGCGCUCCGCCGGCGGCGGCGGCGUCGGCGCAGCCCGGCCCGGAGCCCGACAGCAGCUACUACCCCGGCAUCCCGUCGUCCAUCAACCCGGCCUUCUUCCAGACCUUCUCGGCCGUGUCCCCGCACGGCCCCUGCGCGGGGAUGAGCGGGGGCGGCGGGGCCGGGGGCUUCGGGAGCCCCUUCUCCGCGGCCGCGGCGCCUCCCGCUGCCGCUCCUGCUCCUCCUCCUCCUCCUCCGCCGCCUCCGCCGCCUCCUCCUCCUCCUGCUCCGCCGCCUCCCCCUCCGCCGAGCCGCCGGUCCCCCGUCAGCCCGCAGCUCCAGCACCACCAGGCCGCCGCCGCCGCCGCAGCAGCCGCCGCCUUCCUGCAGCAGAGGAACUCCUACAACCACCACCAGCCUCUUCUGAAGCAGUCCCCUUGGAGCAACCAUCAGAGUAGUGGCUGGAGCACGGGAAGCAUGUCGUGGGGAGGAAUGCAUGGCAGAGACCAUCGCAGAACUGGAAACAUGGGGAUUCCAGGAACUAUGAACCAGAUUUCUCCUCUGAAGAAACCAUUUUCCGGUAAUGUCAUAGCCCCGCCGAAAUUUACUCGCUCUACGCCAUCACUGACACCCAAAUCGUGGAUUGAAGAUAACGUCUUCAGAACGGACAGCAACAGUAAUACUCUCUUACCCUUACAGGUGAGAUCUAGUUUGCAGUUGCCAGCUUGGGGCUCAGAUUCACUCCAAGAUAGUUGGUGCACUGCAGCCGGAUCAUCCAGAAUAGACCAGGAUCGAGGUCGAAUGUAUGACAGCUUAAAUAUGCACUCACUGGAAAACUCCCUCAUUGAUAUAAUGAGAGCAGAGCAUGAUCCCCUAAAAGGUCGCUUGAGUUAUCCACAUCCAGGGACAGACAAUCUUUUGAUGUUAAAUGCAAGGAGUUAUGGGCGAAGACGAGGUCGUUCGUCACUCUUUCCAAUAGAUGAUGGCUUGCUGGAUGAUGGCCACACCGAUCAAGUCGGUGUCUUGAAUUCACCCACGUGCUACUCGGCUCAUCAGAAUGGAGAGCGGAUAGAACGUUUCUCUAGAAAAGUUUUUGUUGGUGGACUUCCUCCAGACAUUGAUGAAGAUGAAAUUACUGCUAGCUUCAGACGAUUUGGUCCUUUGGUGGUGGACUGGCCUCACAAAGCAGAAAGCAAGUCCUACUUUCCACCUAAAGGUUACGCAUUCCUUCUUUUUCAAGAGGAGACCUCUGUUCAGGCACUAAUUGAUGCUUGCAUCGAGGAAGAUGGAAAACUCUAUCUGUGUGUCUCCAGCCCUACCAUCAAGGAUAAGCCAGUACAGAUCCGUCCCUGGAAUCUAAGCGAUAGUGACUUUGUGAUGGAUGGUUCACAGCCUCUUGAUCCUCGAAAAACAAUUUUCGUUGGAGGGGUUCCUAGGCCAUUAAGAGCUGUGGAAUUAGCGAUGAUAAUGGACCGUCUUUAUGGUGGAGUUUGUUAUGCAGGAAUUGACACCGAUCCUGAACUGAAAUAUCCGAAAGGUGCUGGGCGUGUGGCUUUUUCCAAUCAGCAGAGUUAUAUUGCUGCCAUCAGUGCUCGGUUUGUUCAACUUCAGCAUGGCGAUAUUGAUAAACGAGUGGAGGUAAAGCCAUACGUGUUGGAUGACCAGAUGUGCGACGAGUGCCAGGGCGCACGUUGCGGUGGGAAGUUUGCCCCCUUUUUCUGUGCCAAUGUCACCUGCCUGCAGUAUUACUGUGAGUUUUGUUGGGCGAACAUCCACUCCCGUGCAGGACGUGAAUUCCACAAGCCAUUGGUCAAAGAAGGGGCUGACCGCCCGCGUCAGAUCCAUUUCCGCUGGAACUAAGCCGAGCGGACCAGCGGCAGUCUAAGGAAAGAAGGGUGCAUGUGGCUUACUGUGUUUGAAGAUACUGACGUGCAGAAGAAAUAAGUGCAUUCUUCUGCUUUUCACCCCAGCUAUCAAUACAUGCAUCUUUAUCAGCAGCCAAAACACUACAAAGCCUCUUGUUUUUCACCAAAACCCUACAUCUCAGGCUUACUAAUUUUUGUGAUAUUUUCAUGUUAAAAUAAAAUGUUUUUUUGUAUUUUCUCCAAGUUAUUUUUAUAUGUAAAGUUAAAACUAGAUAUUGAGAAUGUUUUUGCGUAGGGGCACACAGUCUGCUGCUAUAUUUAGUGGGUGAAGCGUGCACUUAUUUCUAAACAUGGGUUUUUAACUUCAAGAUCUGCCCCAGUAAUUUACCAAAGGUAGCAAAAUAAUAGUGAAGAUGGAAUAUGUCUGCUACAAAAAGCUUAUUUUUAUUGUUGCUAUUUUCAGCGUAUACAUAAACUAAAAAUUAGGGUUGAUUUUUGCUCUCCAUUUUGACUUGCAAGAAAUAAUACCUCAAGAUAAUCUGAUUUAUUAGCUAUUUUUAAACAUUUUUAAUCACAAGCUGUAUUAGCUUUGCUGCUAUAUAGGUGUUAUGUGUAAUGCCACCUAUUAAUACGGGAUUGAAAACGUUUAAGACACACUGCAUUGCAGAUAAGAUGCAGGCAGCACAAUAUGGCAUAAACUGCCAUAGUUUUAGAAUGUGAAAAAAAAAUUGCAUGUUUACUUACCUGUAUACACCAUAUGCAUGCACUAGAACUAUUAACUAACAAGAGGUGAGUUAUUGCAGAUGUUCAAAAAAGACUCUCUUGAACCUAGGUAGCAUGAGCAAAUUGACAAAAUUUGUUACAAAAAAGCAAACUUGCAUGCAUUUUCGUGAACUCGAAGUUAAAAAAAACAGAAACCUGUCCUACAUGUGUACAAUAUGCAAAUUAGUUUUAGAUUAGAAAGUGCAGCCAUUUUGUGACCUGGUCGGUAGUGGAAUUCGAUUUAUGCAGACUGGAUGUAAUAUUGUAAUCCCUGUGCAAUUUUGUGAUGUGCGGUUCUAAUUGGUGUGGAGUGACGUAGUAUAGAUAAAAGUUUGAGUGAAAAAGUUAGAGCUUAAACAACAACAACAAAAAAGAGAAUUAAAGUUGAUUUUAGCCCCUUUUGAUAGUCCAUGGUGAAAGACUUCCUCUACAAACCAAAGAUGGCCAGCACACUGCUAACCAGUCACCAAAUGUGGAAACCCCCAAGUAAUCAACGACGAAAUGAAAUCAAAUGAAAGUACUUGCAGAAGAACGCGUAACGCUGUAGUAAACCCAAGUGAAGUCAAAAUGGAGACGGUGUUAUAUACAGACGGCUAGUUGCGUAAAACUAAAUUCGACCUUUUGAGACAACAGUGAGAUCUGGCUUAAACUUGCUUCCGUGUUUGACCUGUGUGCGUUGUGGUCUUCUGUCAGAACUGGGGUCACUGUUGCCCGGAAAGUUGUUGUUCGGUGGUUUAAGGGUAGCUUCUUUAUUUUGAUGAAGGAAUUCUAGGGAAGACCUAGCGUGCCGAUUUUUUUUUUCCGAAAAGCACCGUUCGGAAACGGGCGGUACUCGAUGAAUUUAUCCUUGGUACCGAGCACUACUAGAAUCUCAUUAGCAGUGUUUUUUUUUCUCUUCAGAGCAUUCUUAAAUGCAACUAGCCCCUACAUUUUAAUGGCAUAGUCAUUCUGCAGUCUCAGCGAGCACCCGACGGCGGUAAACGUUAGGGAGAAUUAGGGGGGCUUGACUCAAAAAAAGAGAGAACGUUACAGGGGUGUCGCUUUCUGCAGUCCCUCGGGACAAUCCUUCCUCGUAAGCAAAGUGUUGAUCUUCUAUCGGUUGUCGAUGGUGUGCUUUUUUGUACUGUACAAUUCGUGGUUCCUGUCUAACUGCUGUUUUAUCGUGGCUGUGGUUCGAGUUUUUAAUGUUUCAAGUUGAUGCCGUUUUAAGAAGAGCUUUUUACUAAUUUAUUUGUCAAUGUCCCCUAUUUGUUACCUAACCAUGAUCCUCCAGGUUUUUUGGAGUAUUCUUUUCUAACCUUUAAACCCUGCCAAACCCUCCCCUGGAUCCAUUUUGACAUUUGUUAUGCACUAUUUUUAUAUCUCUAUGAGAGAUUUUUUCCAACAGUCAGCUAUUUUAUGGCACCCUUUUUUUGACUGAUGACAUCUCCUUUGCUAUACCUCAAUUUUUGGAAUUUAGAAGAGAAAUCCGUAGUUUUGCAAUGUUAAUUAUUUAGAUGUUUCAUUUUGCAGAUUUUUUUAACUUUAUUUUCAUAUUUUCUGCUUAAUGUUAAAAAUGGAAAAGCCUUUAAAUAUAGGUAAUGAACACUAAAGUAA